AUGUAUGAUAUAUGGAUUAAAUACAAAAAUUUCCAAUCGAUUAAAAUUUCUUUCGGCGGAAAAGACGUGAAUGACUUGAUAAAACAAAUUAAGGAGGACCUAAAACCCGACUUUGAUAAUGUGGAUGUUAACCCACCUCUUGUGGUUAACAUUAUCGAGACCACCGGUACUAAUUUGCUUACGACAGAUCCGGCAAUUCUUACUAGAUUGAAUAAAUUAGAGGCAAACCAAGAAAAAUUAGAGGCAGUGCAUAAAAUUAGUGGCAGGUCAAAAAAAGAUAAUUGCAAAGUUGAAAAAGGCCAAGUCUUAUGGAAUGGCUAUGGCCAAGAAGCAAAUGGAGCUCGAGUGCUAUUUGAACUGAAAAAGCUAGGAACCAUAGGCGCACCAGAAAG